AUGCCGCUGUGCACAGAAGUACAAGACAUGGAUCCAUGUCUACUUAAAGGAUUCAUGAGUAGAAAGAAUGCUACAAUGAAAUGCAUCAAACUUAAGGUGAGCUGAACUUAAAUUAUUCUGGUUUAAGCCUAAUAUAUAACUGUAUCGUGGCUCUUCAGCAUCAAUGAUAAUAUAUGAGGGACUGCAUUCAAGCUGUGAGGAGGAAAUGGAGCAAGAUUUAUAGACGCCUGACCAAAAAAAAUGGGACAAUCAAAAGAACAUUUCAGUGAGAUGCCUUCGUCAGCAAGAAAUUACAAAAGAGUGUGAAAUUCAAAGACUUAAUUUGUCGUAAGCUGUCAUAUGUUAGCAAUGAAAAUAAGGAGAGUUUCUGUUUAAAACCUAAACCAAAGAGAUUACAGAAACGUUCUUUUCUUUUAUUGAUUUUUUAAAUUUUUAUUCAGCAAUAAUCAAUAAUUGAAAGACUCAAGUUUUUAAAUAUAUCUCUAACCUCAUUGAAAAUUAUUUUUCUUUCAGAGUAAUGGAUUUAGAAGAUGUCACCGAGAGGUGCCACCCGAGUCAUUCUUCACCUCAUGUAUCCAUGACCUUUGCACCUGUCAAGAAGACUCAAAAUGUCUGUGUAGCAUUUUGGAAGCCUAUGCUCGAGAGUGUGCAAAGUCAGGCGUCAAGGUUGCAUGGAGAUCUAGCAACUUUUGUGGUGAGUUCCCAAACACAUUUUCCUUCUUUAGUUUCAUACUAUUUACCUACAGGAAACUCCAAAAUGAGCAACUCCUAUGUGUAUAGAUGGAAAAAUAUCCAUAAUUAAAGCUGUAUACAAAUAAUAAUACCCAAGGUGCAGGCCUAUCUUUUGUAACCAAGCUCUACCCAAGUCAGUGAAAUGCACUUACGAUUAUAAACAAAGUAGCAUUCUUUAGAACAAUAAAUAAUGCAAAUGAAACAGAUCAGUUUUGUUUCUAGUUCUAGAUUUAAUUAUGGCAAAAUUGUGUGUUAUUUAACUCUUCAUUCUUAUAUAUGUAUAAGAUCUCAUAUUCUUUCAAACUCUUAGAUUUUGAGUGUGAUUCAAGUAAAGGUCUUGAAUUUGAUGAGUGUGGUUCCCCGUGCCCCCGGACCUGUGCAAAUAUACAAACAUCAGGACAUAAUCUGAAAUGCUUGAAGCCAUGUGUCCCAAGCUGCCAGUGUCCUAGUGGAAAGGUUCUACAUAAUGGCAAAUGUAUAUUUCCAAGCAGCUGUCCUCACAUUGAAAUGAUUCCAGUUUUAUAG